AAUCCGUCUAUCCAAUCCGUCUAUCCAAUCCGUCUAUCCAAUCCGUCUAUCCAAUCCGUAAUUCAUGCCCUUCAUUCAUCCAUUAUGACCGUGUUUAUAAAAAGAGAGAUCAUGGGCACGACCAUGGAAACCACAAAUCGAUACUCAGACCUAGAAGCCCGAGGAGUUGGUGCCUCGGGCGUUAUUUGCUCAGCUAAAGACAGCAUUUCAAACCACACAGUCGCUAUAAAGAAGAUUGUCAGACCAUUUGCGUCUACUGCUGUGGCCCGGCGCACUUAUCGCGAGGUUCACUUGGCCAGUAACCUGCGGCAUGACAAUUUGAUUAACAUGCGCGAUAUUUUCAUCUCACCAUCUGAAGAUCUUUAUCUUGUGAUGGACUGCGUUAUGACAGAUCUCCACCAACUUAUCCAAUCCAUCGAAAAGCCGUUGGAAAGCCAAUUCAUAGAAUUCUUUACGUAUCAAAUGCUGCGAGGAUUGAAAUACAUCCACUCCGCCGGUGUCAUUCAUCGCGACCUAAAACCGAGCAAUCUACUGAUUAAUGACAACUGUGACUUGAAGAUUUGCGACUUUGGUUUGGCUCGAGAACAAGAUCAACAGAUGACUGGUUAUGUUACAACAAGAUACUAUCGAGCACCAGAGGUCAUGUUGACCUGGCAGAAGUACAGUUAUGCAGUUGAUAUCUGGAGCGUUGGUUGCAUAUUGGCAGAAAUGCUUCUUGGGCGUGUUCUCUUCCCUGGAAUGGACCAUGUGCAUCAGUUUACCCUGAUUACUGAGCUUCUAGGGAAACCAUCCAAGGAAGUUUUGGAGAGAAUUUACAGCAAGACUACACUACAAUAUGUACAGUCUCUACCAGAAACAAAGCGUCGUCCAAUCAGCUCUAUUCUUGGAGACGCAGACCCCCAAGCCGUUGACCUGUUGGAGAAAAUGCUCAACAUCGACCCGGAACAAAGAAUUACAACGGCAGAAGCCUUAGCUCAUCCGUAUGUCUCGACUUAUUUUGACCCCGAAGAUGAACCCGUCUUCGACAGGCAACUUGAUUGGUCCCUUCUCGAUUCGGAGUUAUCAUCCGAGGAAUGGAAAACCAAGAUGUAUUUCGAAGUUUUAGAUUAUCACCGCGGUGCUUGCGAUGGACAAGAUGCGGAUCAGUUAGCUCAGGAUCAAAAGACUGAAGACUGGUUACGCAAGGAGAUGAUGGCUGAAACUUACUAA